AUGGCUUCCGAUUUGGUCCCUUCAAGCGGCUACUCCAUAGCCACCGGAACCUAUUACAGUAAAAGAGAUCCCAUCACUCUUCCUCCGCCGCAUCGGCACUUAGAUCUCACCACAUAUGUCUUCUCCCACCAACACAACACAGAAACAGCCUUCAUUGACGCUCAAUCCGGUGCGCAGCUCUCCUACAGAACACUACGCCACAACGUCAGAGCCCUGGCCACGGGUCUGCAGCGCCUGGGGAUUCGAAAGCGCGACGUGGUGCUCGUUAUCUUGCCCAACACCAUAGACGUCCCUUGCAUAUACUUGGCCAUAGUCUCCAUCGGAGCCAUUAUAACCACCGCCAAUCCACUCAACACAGAGGCCGAGAUACGAAAGCAGGUCGCGGAUUCGAAUCCCGUCCUCGCCUUCGCAGCCCCAGAACUCGCUCACAAGGCCCGUGCGGCCCAAUUGCCUGUCAUUCUAACACAGAAAACAAGCCCAAUCGCAAAUGACUCUGAAUAUGUAGCUACGCUAAAUGAGCUCUUUCAGUCUAAUGUCGAUGACUUCCGGUCAAUUGAUAUUCAACAGGAGGACACCGCCACGCUUUUGUACUCGUCGGGGACAACAGGGAAGAACAAAGGAGUUGUUUCCACUCACAGAAAUCACAUUGCUAUGGUGACGGGGUUUAUACAGAGGAGUGAUCCAGAAAAGGAUAUUGCUUUGUGCAUUGUGCCAUUGUUUCAUGUCUAUGGAUUUUUCUACGCAGUUAGUGCCAUUGCCAAGGGUUCGACUCUCAUUUUGAUGGCCAAAUUUGAGUUUGCGCAGAUGCUGGCAAACGUGGAGCGCUACAGAAUGAAUACUCUGGCUAUUGCUCCGCCGAUUUUUGUGGCCUUGACUAAAUCGCCGCUUGUUGCGAAGUAUGAUUUGUCGUCGCUCAAACGCAUAAGCUGUGGCGGAGCCUCGCUGGGAAAGGAGUCUAUUGACGAGCUCAUUGCAUUGUUCCCCGAUAUGGAGAUAUCACAGGUAACCCAAUUUCAGUCUCUUUAUGUUUAG